AUGGCAGGCGUCUUUGGCACCUGGAAAGAUUGGACCUGGCCUUCGGAGCCCACCGGGGAGCGUGCGGGGGACGAGGUGAAUGAGUGCGAGGAGCAUGGUUUUGCAGAUGGCCCGCACUGGGACUUUAUGUUCCGAGUGGAUGUGGAGUCGUUCGAGAAGUAUGUUGCUGAAGGCAAAGACUCUCGACCACAGCAGGUGGCAGAGUACAUGCGGCUUAUUUCCAGCCAUGUUGAGAGAGAUGAGUGUGGCAUGUUCAUGCGCCACCGUGGAGUGCAGAAAGUUGUGGCUGGGCAGCCCUUAGGCCGUUACUACUUCCCAGCACUUAGCCCUCCAAAUUUGUCUAGAGCUGCUCGCGCUGCCUUGUUCCCAGCUGGGAGCUAUGAGUUUGACCAGCCCACAGCAGUUGUGCACUUCAUGCUUGAAAGAGCUGAAGAGUUGGGUGUUUGCGCUUGCCUGCUUGAGAAGUACAAGACGCACAAGGCACAGUGGCGUGAGGCCGUCCAGCGCUACUUUGACUUGCCCAGCCUUGCAGAUGCCAAAACACUUCUUCAGAAGGCUACGUUUGGGUUUGCGCACCCUCUCGAUGGCAAGGAUGCCUUGGGAGUGUUGCCAAUCCUAGAAGGUCUUGCGUAUGAAAGCUUCACACUCCGAAAGGCUUUGUGUCAACAGAACGCAGCUGUUCUUGAGGCUGCCGUAGCGGCCGGCAAGAGGAGACCAGAAACCAGCACCAUGGCCAUGCUGCUUUUUGAUGACGAAGCCAAGGUGACUCGCGACUUCUGUAAUUGUCUCCAAGCUUUCAAGUGGCUGCCUGCAGCGCCAGUGUAUGAUGCAGUGGCCGCAGCACCGCUGGCAGGGGGCGAGGCAAUUUCUGCCAUUGUGGAAAGCUUCGCUGCGCAGUCAAAUGUUCGCAUGGAGGUGACAGAGCUGCGCAUGGCGGGGCGACAGCCACAGGCAGGCACUUUGUCACAGGUUCUGGAAAGCCUGCUGAACGACGGUGCUGAGCGGCUGGAAGACUGCAUGGUCGUAGCGGGCGCUCAGAAGUGCUUGGCUUUCUCGCUGGCGAACAUCUUUCGCGCUGAGGAUGAGACUUUGGCUGCCAGCUUCGGGUGUGGAGAUGGACCGCUUAGCUUCAGACAGUGCAUGGAACUACACCCAGGACUGAGCCUGGAGCCUGUCAGCGUUGCUUCUGCUGCAGCUGGCGAUGGCAGCCACUACAUCGUGCACGAGACCCGGCCAGGGCGGGAGGUGGGCCAUGCCAUCGGCGUGCUCUGUUACGCUGGCAAGUGCAGGGUGCACAGUGACUCCGUUAUGCAGGCAGUGGAAAUUGACGCCGCCACUUUCUGGCGUUCCGUGGCAGCCUUGCCACGUGCUCACGUCUUCGAAGCCAAGUUGUUGUCGGCCUCACUUUCGCUUCGCAAGCGCAAGCUGGCGAACCCUCUGCUGGACAUGCUUAGCGGGGCCGAAGCGCCCGACGUUGCCGAGCGAGUGUUGGACACAGUGGCUGAGAAGGUGAGGGCGGAGGUUUCUGCUGAAAUCAAGCGUCUAGAUGAGUUGGCGCAGGAGGGACGGCGCAACUCACCCAGCAUGCGUCAACUCCAGACGCAUCUUACGAAGUACCACGUCCAGACACGAUUGUUCACUGCCAACACCAGAACCGAGGCUCAGUGGAACACGGUGCAAGCUCUGUAUGAGCAGGACCAGAUCUUGGCCCCCUUGCAGCAGCCGAGGCACUCUGAAAGCUUGCUGAGGGACUCUGCAGAUCUUAUCCGGAAAUGGGUGAGUCCGGACGAAGACUCGCAGGUCUUCCUUCAAAAGCAGAAUGAUGUGGAUUUGGUGCUCCUGCUCACGGGCGAGGGCCCACGGUAUGUCCUGAAGCAGCAAACCUCUCAUUGCAAACGCCUCAACCAAAACGUGUACUACGACAGCACCGCUGCAGCCAUGUUGCUUGGGUUGGUUCUGAAGCAUCAAGGCCGGGUGCAGGCGAGCUUUCAGGAUUUGGUUUCUGCCUUCAUCGCCAAAGGUAGCCCGUGUGCUUUUUUAGGCCUUCGGCGCCAGAGUACGCAGCAGCAGCUGUUGGAUGAGAUUUUCUCCAGUGAUGCAGUGCAGACUUUGAGAGGGCAGCUUCUCGCGGAGGCCACCCAGCACGGAGAAUGGCAAGUCCUCAGCCAUGAUGCCACGUUCAAGAGCUUGUUUAGCAUCAUUGGUCAAGUUCCAAUGUCACAGAAGCCAAACGAAGCACAUGCUUUACACAGCAUCCUGGGGAAGUCAGGGGCUCUUCCGGGCUUGAGCGCGCAGGCAUCAGAGGGCUUGGCGUGCUUUGAGCGCGCGUGCAAGGCAAUUUUGCCACCGGAAGCCCGUUCCACAACAGAGUGGAUUUUCAGUGACUCUCCUGCUGCCAUUGACCAUGUCAGGGAGCUCUUCCCAAACCUACAAGGCAUGGCAGAGGACGGUCUGCAUCUUGCCCUGCGGGUGGAGGCGUGCUUCGGCGAGAAGCGCACAGCCCUCUCACGUGAGAUCAUUGCCUUGCAGCGCAAGUUCAUGGUGCCUGCCAGCGGUCGCAUUCACAGAGGUGAGCUUCCUGCCGCUGGAGAAGAAGGAAAGUGGCCAGCAAAGGCGGACAACAUGAAGGCUCGAGGCAGAGAGUGGAACGCAUACGUGCAGGAGCCCUAUGCGUCACACCAGGACUACAUUGAUGACUUGGCAAGCUUGACCGUCCGCUUCGCCACUGACAUGGGUCGAAAAGAUAGCAAGGGCAGGACAGUGUUUCAGAUUCUUCAGUCUGGAGCAGCCUACCAGCACUACGCCUACCUACUCAACGGAAGCCGAGCCACUGCAGCGCUGAGCCUGCAAGAUCGGCAGAUGCUAUCGUGGGGCACGACUGCUAACGAAGCUGUGCACUUCCAGUUCAACCGCUCCCAGCAAACAGUCACCCAACAGCAUGUGGACUCCUCGACAUUGAAGCUGGAGGCGUUCUGCUUGGGCAAAAUGUUGGCGCACAACUCGGCAUCGUACCACCCCACAGUCGCUCAAAGGAGCCAGGCCGAGCUGAUCAGCUCUAUGCUGGGGUAUAUCAUGAGCGGAGAGUUUGCUGGCGCAGCGGGGGUGGCGAUGGCGCCGGUGACUUCACGUCAGGAGCUGAGGCGACCCGUGCACUUUCUGGACAAGGCGAAGGUGGCAAGGAUGAGGGCCUUUGCAACCACUCGCAAGUCUGCCUGGGUGAAGGAGGCUGCCAGGCGAGAGGAGAUGGCGCGGAAGCGCGGGUGCGAGAGGGCUCAGCAGAAAGUGAAGCGCACUGUCUUCACCAAGCAGAAGCAGAGGAAGCUGCGGCAGCGCCGCAAGCCCGCCCAGACCCAAGAGGUGAGCUUGCGCGGGCUACAUGUUCAGUGGCCCUUCUCCCAGCUGCUGUUGGCGGGCUACAAGACACAGGAGGUGCGGGGCUAUGCCUUGGGCCACCUCAACAUCGCGCAUGCGAAUGAGGAGAUGUGGCUGGUGGAAACGCGCGGAGGUGCAUCCACGGCGAGCUACUCUGCUUGCAUCCCGGAGGGCUUUCACGUCCCUCCCCGACCAAAAGGGGCGCAGAUUGUGGGCACGAUCCGGUUCAGCGAGGCGGUAAAACUCACCGAUGGGAUUUCCUUUGCUGCGGCAAGGGCAGCUCACUGCGUUCGCCAGGGCAGCAAGUUUGACUGGUGCGGCACGCCAGUCUUUGCUUGGAAAGUGGCGGCCGUCAGAUCUCUUGCCUAUACAGUAGCCGCCCCAGAAGGAAGAAGCCAAGUAGGAUACGCCAAGCCUGUGAAAGUGCAGGUGGCGUUCAGGUGA